ACAGAGAAAUGUUCCGUUUGCCAACAGUUUUGCGUGUUGCUGCCGCCCGGCAGGUCGCAGCCAGCCGUGGUUACGCUAAGGAUGUCCGCUUCGGGCCGGAAGUGCGUGCCCUUAUGCUGCAGGGUGUGGAUGUGCUGGCCGACGCCGUAGCCGUUACGAUGGGACCAAAGGGCCGCAACGUCAUUCUGGAACAAAGCUGGGGCUCGCCCAAAAUCACCAAAGACGGUGUAACGGUCGCGAAAGGCAUCGAGCUGAAGUGUAAGUUCCAAAACAUUGGCGCCAAGCUGGUGCAGGAUGUGGCGAACAACACGAACGAGGAAGCCGGCGACGGUACCACGACUGCAACCGUGCUGGCCCGUGCAAUCGCCAAGGAAGGGUUCGAAAAGAUCUCCAAGGGUGCGAACCCGGUCGAGAUUCGGCGCGGUGUCAUGUUGGCAGUCGACACGGUGAAGGAACAUCUGAAGACGCUAUCGCGCAAGGUAAACACGCCGGAAGAGAUCUCCCAGGUGGCAACGAUUUCGGCGAACGGUGACCGAGCGAUCGGUGAUCUGAUCGGUGAGGCAAUGAAGCGCGUCGGCAAGGAGGGCGUAAUUACGGUGAAGGACGGCAAGACGCUAAACGAUGAGCUGGAAGUGAUCGAGGGCAUGAAGUUCGAUCGUGGCUACAUUUCGCCCUACUUUAUCAACUCGAGCAAGGGCGCAAAGGUAGAGUUUCAGGAUGCGCUCGUACUGUUUUCGGAGAAAAAAAUCUCAACCGUACAGUCCAUCAUACCGGCACUGGAGAUGGCCAAUCAGCAGCGCAAACCGCUCGUCAUCAUUGCGGAAGACGUGGACGGUGAAGCGCUCAGCACGCUCGUGGUGAACCGGUUGAAGAUUGGACUGCAGGUGGCCGCGGUCAAAGCGCCCGGAUUUGGAGACAAUCGUAAAUCGACACUGUCCGACAUGGCCAUCAGUACCGGUGGCAUUGUGUUUGGUGAUGAUGCGAAUCUGGUAAAGCUGGAGGAUGUGCAGCUGUCCGAUCUGGGCCAGGUGGGCGAAAUUACCAUCACCAAGGAUGAUUGUCUACUGCUGAAGGGACGCGGCAAGCAGGAGGAUGUAAACCGUCGUGCGGAUCAGAUUCGCGACCAGAUCGCCGAAACGACGUCGGAGUACGAGAAGGAGAAGCUGCAGGAACGGUUGGCGCGCUUGUCGUCCGGUGUGGCCGUACUGAAGGUCGGAGGUUCGAGCGAGGUUGAGGUGAACGAAAAGAAGGAUCGCGUAAAUGAUGCGCUGUGCGCAACGCGGGCCGCCGUAGAGGAAGGUAUUGUGCCCGGCGGUGGUACUGCACUGAUUCGUUGUGCACCGGCGUUGGCAAAUCUGAAGGGUGCGAAUGAGGAUCAGAACACCGGUAUCGAGAUUGUGCGCCGGGCGCUACGUAUGCCGUGCACACAGAUUGCCAAGAAUGCGGGCGUUGAUGGAUCGGUCGUGGUGGCGAAGGUGGAAGAGCUGCAGGGUGACUUCGGGUAUGAUGCGCUUAACAACGAGUACGUCAACAUGAUCGAGAAGGGCAUCAUUGAUCCGACGAAGGUCGUCCGGACGGCACUGUCGGAUGCGUCCGGUGUGGCGUCGCUGCUUACCACGGCCGAAGCGGUCGUGACGGAAAUCCCGAAGGAGGAACCGGCCAACCCGAUGGGCGGCAUGGGAGGUAUGGGUGGAAUGGGUGGUAUGGGAGGAAUGGGUGGUAUGAUGUAAGAUAGUU